AACAAAUAGUACAAUUAGUAAUAACUACUGAAAGUAAUAUAAUACAAACAUUCAUGAUGUAUCUACCAACUCAACAAUCAUACUCAGAUAAAAACAUGAAGAACUUUAUAACUCUAAAAGAAGGCAAACCUAAUCUAACAAAUGAUUAUAAAUUAAUCAAGCUACUCGAAGGAUAUGAAAAUGACAUACCAGAAUUAAAAAUUGUAAUACAUGCUAAAGAAAUAAAGCACACAAGACAAAUAGAAAGCAAAACAUAUGUAUUACAUAUAGACAUAUCAAAUACAGGUAAAGAUGCAAGGGAAAAAGUACAAAUAAAAUUAAACCUUGAGAAAAUACUCAGAAAAAUACAAAAAACCAAAAAAAGCAUUAAAAAAGAAUUACAAUAUUUCGAAGAUGAAAAUGGAAAUAAGGUGCCACGAGUCAGACUAUGUUUUGACACACAAUACUAUUUUGCUGCAGGAGCUGGCAGAUUUAUAAAAGACUACAAAGAAAUCUUAGACAAAUAUAAAAAAGAAAUCUAUUUAAUACACAUAAAUAAUGUAAUAAAAGAAAGAAAAUUUCAACAACAAAAAACAUCUGGAAAAAUACAAGAACAAAAGAAUGAACAAAUAGCUAAAGUAUACAUACUUAGAAAAUAUGCUGGCAAUUUAAUAGCUGAAGAUAAAGAACUAUAUGCAUCAAUUGAAAAAUGA